UAAAUUAACAAAAACCAGGAGAGGUAAAGAAACAGAGGAGAGACGGUGUGUGCCGCGUGAAGUUGAAAAUGUCGAUACUGUGGGAGAAGAGCGGGACAUGGCGGUGGAUAGUGAACAAGACCCGUGACUCGAAGCCCUUCUUCUUGGCCUUCGCUACCGUAUGCGGCGUCGUUCCGGGUGUCAUUGGCUACUUCGUUAUGCAGACCACCAACUCCCGAAAUGAACAGCUCGAGGCCGAACUCCGCCGCAACGCCCGACCCGAAUCCAUCAGGAUGGGGCAAGUAAAUAAAGAAAGAUUGGCUGAAUUCCUUGGUGAGUUGCAGCGGAAAGAAAAUACAAAUGAUCGCUAUGUUGCUGCACUGAAAGGAGAGACAUUGACUAGGAAUCCAUAUGUGAGAAUUCAACCGAUUCCGAAGCCAAGCAACACCGAAGCUGACAAGGAACAGAAGUAGAUGGAGAUAUGUGCAUCUAUUACCGCCAUGAACACUUUUCACCUUCAGGAUAUCUGUAUAUUUCUUCAGAACAACUAUGGGGUUGUUAUUUUUAUGUUUUGGAUGUUAUGUUUAGGCACUAUUUGGUGAGCUGUGUUUUUCUUUAAUGAAUAUUUAAGUGCAGUAAGAACUCCCGGAGAAGAGAGACAUCCGAGAACUAACACACAUUUCUUCGUUUUGCACUCUCUCAUUGUUUUUGUCCCUUCAAUAAGAAAACUCUACAAAAAUCUAUCACAUCAAAUUCUUUAUA